AUGUCGGCGAAAAGCUUUCGCCCGAUUCAGUUCAAGCAAUUUUUCGAUUUGAGAUACACAAUCGAGUUGGAGCAUGGCCCAUUCCGAUGGACAGUGGUCAAGAGGAACAAGGAUUUUGCAGUGCUUGCUGCGCGGUUGCUGACACAUCGUGCCGCGGAGCGAAUACGAGCUCCUACAGAAGUGCUGCAGCGAUCGGUCGAUCUGCCGGACGCAAUUCGACAAACUGGCCAACUGAGCCCCGCGGAUGGAAUGGCCGAGAAGGAGCUGCAGCCAGCUGCUCCCGUUGCGCGCUCUUCUGAUGUAUCACCGCCAUCGGCCGAAGAGAUUUUGGAACGAAGGCGCAGACGACUCAGCGAAAUGAAGCGGCACCAACUCCCAUCACUUGGCUUUGUACCGGACGCUGUCAGUGAUCCAAAUGAACGGAGGGAACGAUUGGAAAAGUGGCUGCAAGCAGUGCUGCAUAUACCCGUCAAUAGGAAUCAUCAUGAAACAGCAGAAUUCCUGGAAGUAUCACGCUUUUCAUUUAUCAAUGAACUGGGCGGAAAAUACUGCGAAAGCUUCGUUAAAAAACGUCCGGGUGGUGCACGAGUUUUCAUCGGUUGGAAGCAAUUCUGUGUGCGCCACUGUUUGAGGUGGUCCAAGCGAUGGCUUAUUUUAAAGGUGAAUUAUUCGCCCACCGUUUUUUUUUUUCUUGAUUUGCACGAUUGGAAUAUGUUUAGGCUCAUUUUAUUGGCCUCCGUAAUAUAUUUUUAUGCGUUUUUUGCAAUUAUGCGAUGCAGAAAACCCAUAUUAACGAGAAGUUGUCAGUGUGCCCGUGUAUCUGUGUGUGCGUCUGUACCGAUUUUUGAUCUCAAGACCUAGAA